UGCAAAUGCGUGACAGUGUGACAGCAAGGUGCUUAUUAAACUGACGGGUCCUCCUGUCCUUUUUCUAUACGGGGGAGCUCAGGAGAGUGAAAGGACGCGGGGCAGCAGGAGGAGCGGGUCGGACUACAGCGCGUUGCUGCUCACACCAAGUUCUGCUCUGCGGCCGCGAACACAACAACAACAACAACAACAGCAACAACAGCAACAACAGCAGCAGCAGCAGCAGCAGCAGCAGCAUGGCAAGUUCUGCCUCACUGGAGACGGUGAUGUCCUGCGGUAGGACCGGGCCGACCGCGGCCCCCAAGUCGCUGGCCUUCUCCAUAGACCGGAUCAUGUCCAAGAGUGCGGAGCCGAAGGUGUGCGCGGAGGAGCGCGCGGAGGGCAGGAAGCUGCUGGGACUGUGCUGCCCGAUCCCCUGCAUGAUCCCGCUGCAGCCCUUCGGCUACGACCUGCAGGCCAAGGCGCUGAUGAACUACUCCGAGCUGUGGAGGGCCAGCUUCAGGGGCACUUUCUGCGGCUCCGCGGCCGCCCCGUGCAAGGGGAACUGCGGCAUGUGCGCGAAAGCGGAGCCGAGCCCCAAGCAGCCGCCGCUGACGCCGGCGAGCCGGGUGGUGAAGCCGCAGGUCGUGCACCAGGCCAUGGCCGUGCCCGGCAGCGGCUCGCUCUACUAUCUCAACUACCUGGACUCUGCGUACCAGCAGUCGGAACUGCUGGCCGGACACUGGGUCUCCAGCCCGCAGGCCCAGGCCUCGCUGUCGGCGCACCACAGACUCUUGCUGCUGGAGAACGCCAAGCUGGCCGGCGUCGGCGCCGACAAGGUGCCCACGCCGCAGUACCCGCACAAGGAGCACCUGCCGGGGCAGCUGGACCAGAUCGUGAAGGAGAACCACGGCCUGGGCGCGGAGAAGAGCGGCGCCAAGGCGCACGGCAAACUGAGCGGCGGCGGCGGCGGCGGCGGCGGCGCGGACGGGAAGCCCAAGAACUUCACGUGUGAAGUGUGUGGAAAGGUGUUCAACGCGCACUACAACCUGACGCGGCACAUGCCGGUGCACACCGGCGCGCGGCCCUUCGUGUGCAAAGUGUGCGGCAAAGGGUUCCGACAGGCCAGCACGCUCUGCAGGCACAAGAUCAUCCACACGCAGGAGAAGCCUCACAAGUGCAACCAGUGCGGGAAGGCGUUCAACAGGAGCUCGACGCUCAACACGCACGUGCGGAUCCACGCCGGGUACAAACCAUUCGUCUGUGAGUUCUGCGGGAAAGGCUUCCACCAGAAAGGAAACUACAAGAACCACAAGUUGACCCACAGCGGGGAGAAGCAGUACAAGUGCUCCAUCUGCAACAAGGCCUUCCACCAGGUCUACAACCUGACCUUCCACAUGCACACGCACAACGACAAGAAGCCCUUCACCUGCGCCACCUGCGGCAAGGGCUUCUGCCGCAACUUCGACCUGAAGAAGCACAUCCGGAAGCUGCACGACAGCAACGUCUUCGCCGCCGCCGCCGCCGCCACGGACGCCUCCAGGCAGCUGCAGAGCUGAGGAGCCCCCGCACCUCGGAUUGUGUUGUGAGGGCCCCUGGAAAAAGACUGGCCCAUGUCCCGCGCUCGGGGGGGGGGGGGCCCUGUCGGACAGAGACGGGGAGACGGUGGGGUCGGACACGAGCCCUGAACCGGAACUUAACUUCAACCAGAGAGGAAGAUACAACAUCACACACUUGAGACUGGUCCCACACUGUAGGAACAUUAUAGUGAUUGUUUUCUUCAUUUUGAUCUCAUCCUGUAUCGUUUCACGCAUCACACACGGACCAAUCCUCUCCAUCUGGAAAUGUAAAUAAUAGGUUAUGGAAAUUUAAAAAUAAAUGCUAUUUAAAAUGUGAAUCUUCUGCGGGGGACGCAUCGCCGCGUUGUGUGUGUGUGUGUGUGUGUGUGUGUGUGUGUGUCACAGAAAAAGAAAACUGUCAAUGUGAAUGAGUAAGUUAUAACUUAUAAUGAAAAACUGAAUGUUUGAGCCAUGUUGUUUCCAUUUUUUUUUUAAAUAAAAAACUUUACAAUGGAAGUUGUACCGACUACAUUUAAAGACCUCUUUUUUCAGCUCGCUGGUGCAAAACAUGGCAACAUAUUAUUAAUAAAG